AUGAAACUCCAACUUCUUGUUACUCUACUUCCUGCUGUGUUACCUUUGGUGCAUGGUGCCCCUGCUCGCCGGGAUACCCCCAAUCCCGGCCUUCGAGGAAGCGACUCACUAGUUGGAUAUUCACCAUCCAAUACGGGUGGCAGCGACUCACCACCCGACAUCAAAUAUACACUUCUUCCUGGGCAAAAGGAGGACCCCAAAAUUGGGUCAUACCUUGACUUCGAGAAAACUGACAAUCCCCAGCCUAUCCGUGGUACUACGGGUGCUGAUGAUCCUGGUCCAAGAAACUAUUACUAUGACAGAAUUAAUAGUGAUAAACUUGCACCUCCCGGAACCGAUCAUGGACAGACCAUCAAUGCGCAAUGGCCGAUGGGAUUGAGUCACAACAGAUUCGGAAUUGAUGGAGCUGGUUGGGCUCGCCAAGAGAACACAAACGUCAUGCCAGAUGCGACGCUCAUGGCCGGUGUGAAUAUGCGCCUGGCACCUGCCGGUUACCGUGAACUUCACUGGCAUGUGGCUGCCGAAUGGUCCUUGGUACUGAAUGGUUCAUGUCGAAUUCAGGCUGUAAACGAGAAUGGCGAGACAUUUAUCGACGACGUUGCUGCCGGCGAUGUGUGGUACUUUCCACCUGGCAUUCCUCAUUCCAUUCAAGCCCUCGACGAUGGAGUUGAGUUCCUUUUAGUGUUCGAUGAUGGAGACUUUAGCGAGGAUAACACAUUCCUCGCGACAGAGGUCUUCCUCCACACUCCGAGAGAGGUCCUCUCAAAGAACUUUGGAGUUGAUGUAUCAGCAUUUGACAAGAUCCCCGAAGACGAACUAUACAUUUUCAAGGGCACGCCCGCGCCAGCAGACAUCCAGAAACAGAAUGUGACAACCACUGCUGGUCUUGUACCUCGGGAUCAGAGCUAUUCAUAUCACUUUUCCGAGCAGCCAGCCCACGAAGUCGCCGGCGGUUCAGUCAAGAUCGUCGAUCCGCUCACUUUUCCCAUCGCUGAAAAUUUCUCCGCCGCUGUUGUUACCGUCCAUCCGGGCGGUAUGCGUGAAAUCCACUGGCAUCCAACUAGCGACGAAUGGACUUUCUUUAUUUCGGGCCAGGGCCGCGCGACCCUUUUCAGUGCCCCAAAUGCUGCGACUACAUUUGAUUAUGCCGGUGGUGAUGUUGGUUACUUCCCAAAGUCUAACAGCCAUUAUAUCGAGAAUACCAGUGAUGAAAACUUGGUCUUUUUGGAGGUGCUCCAGGCGCCUGAGUUUACAGAUUUGGCUCUUGGUCAGUGGAUCGCGUCCACACCGAAACAGAUCGUUGCGGAUACACUCAAUCUCAGCGAGGAUACUAUUAACAAUCUCAAGACUGAGAAGCAAUUUGUUGUCGCUGGUCCUAGUAGCUAG